CAAGAGUACUGUAUUAUGAAUUCAUUUUACUUAAACAUCUGAAAGAAUCUUGUGAACUAAAGCAAGUUUUGGGAAAGUGAGCCAACGUGUUUUUAUUUUAAGUUAUCCGGCGGGCGAUGGUUGGGUGGGCGAUAGCUCUACACGGCGGAGCUGGAGACAUCCCGAUCGAUCUCCCCGAAGAGCGACGUAUCCCUCGUGAGAUCGCCCUCCGUCACUGCCUCGAUCUUGGCGUCUCCGCCCUCAAAUCCGGCAAGCCUCCCUUAGACGUCGCCGAACUCGUCGUUCGUGAACUUGAAAAUCACCCGGACUUCAAUGCUGGUAAAGGUUCUGUCUUAACUACUCAAGGCACUGUUGAAAUGGAAGCUUCCAUAAUGGAAGGUAAAACUAAAAGAUGUGGAGCUGUCUCUGGCCUGACCACUGUCGUUAAUCCCAUCUCUUUAGCUCGCCUCGUCAUGGAGAAAACCCCUCAUAUAUAUCUUGCAUUCGAUGCUGCUGAAGCUUUCGCUAGAGCUCAUGGAGUUGAGACGGUCGAUUCUAGCCAUUUCAUAACUCCUGAAAACGUUGCAAGGCUGAAGCAGGCCAAAGAAUUCAAUCGAGUCCAGUUGGAUUACACAGCCCCUACUCCUCCGAAAGAACUUGAAAAUUGUGGCGACAGCCAAAUCGGAACAGUCGGAUGUGUAGCCGUAGACAGUGCUGGGAAUCUAGCUUCGGCUACAUCAACGGGCGGUUAUGUCAACAAGAUGGUUGGCAGAAUUGGGGAUACGCCAGUCAUUGGCGCAGGAACUUACGCCAACCACCUUUGUGCCGUCUCAGCUACAGGUAAAGGAGAAGAGAUCAUCCGUGGAACCGUGGCUAGAGACGUGGCUGCACUCAUGGAUUAUAAAGGCUUGUCUUUGACCGAGGCAGCAGCUUAUGUUGUUGACCAAUCCGUUCCUAGAGGAAGCUGUGGACUCGUUGCUGUCUCUGCUAAAGGUGAAGUCACAAUGCCGUUUAACACUACUGGUAUGUUCAGGGCUUGUGCUACUGAAGAUGGUUACUCUGAGAUCGCAAUCUGGCCAAACAACUGAAACCACUAACCUUGCUUGCAGUCUUUAGAAUCGGUUUGAAUCGUAAGUCGGAUCAGUAAAGUUAAAACAAAAGGGUUAAGAUGCAAAUUAAUAAAACCAUCAUUGUUUCUUUGUUAUGGGUUCUCUUUAGGCUUUCAUGUUCACUAUAAUACAAUAAGGAGUUUGUAUCACCAAAAUGGGUUUAUGCUAAUAUGACCGGAAGAAGGUUUUUA